AUGUACUAUCCAAUGAGAUCAGUCCAGCACGGACAACAUCUUCUUGUACAUAACCUGAACUUUAAGAUGCCAUUCCCUAUUGAUCAAGAUUUUUAUGUAUCACCUACCUACCAAGACCUGCUAAACAGGACUGUGUCUGGACUGCCCACAAACUGGUUUAAAACACUCCACAGCUAUUAUUAUAGAGACCACUGGGAGUUGUAUGACCGCUCAAAAGAUCCUGAAGAGCUAAGAAACUUGGCUGGUGAUCCAAACUACCAUGACUUAUUGCUCACUAUGCAGGGGAUGCUGAAGAAAUGGCAGUGGGAGACUUCAGACCCCUGGGUCUGUGCACCUGAUGGAGUCUUAGAAGAAAAACUAAAUCCAGAGUGUCGUCCACUUCACAAUGAACUUUAA